CCCUGGUCGUGAAACGCGUAACGUCCACUUCCUCAUAUGGGAGAGCACCAUAAAGUAGAAAAAUUGUCGAUUGGGCACUUGUAACCCUUGUAAACAAAAUUGUACCAAGGACGCGAAUCUCAAUUAUAAAUUUCGCAACAGCUCUUGUUAUCAACAACGACUGCUUGGUCUCUUGGCUCAUUCCUCAGCUCGCAACAAGACAAUCAGACAACCGCAGAGGUCUCCCCACCAAACACAAUCAUGAAGUCCAGCGCAGUAAUCCUCGCCUUGCCAGCCCUCGCAGCGGCGGCGCAACCACCAGCCGCAGCAGCCGCCGGCAUGGCCAACCUGAUCGCGCGCCAGCAAGCCACCACCAGUGAGGCCGGGACCAGCCCCAGCGCGACGCAGGAUUCGCAGUCCGCCUGCGCGAGCUCCUACAGCUCGCUCUACAGCUCCAUGCUGACAGCGCCGGGCGCGCCGCCGUACCCGUCCGCCGUGGACGACUUUUACGACGAGCUGAGGCGCACGGCCACGACGGACUUUGUCUGCGCCUACGGCACCGCGGUGCUGCCGACGGCGCUGUCGUCGAUGGAGGAUGCCUGGCAGUCCAGCAUGGAGAGCUUUCUGGACAGCAACAAGAACGCCACCAAGUGGCUCACCGAGACGCCUCCGCAGUGCUCCGAGGCUUGGCUGAGCGUCGCAGGGGCCGCGGCCGAGAUGGCCAGGAGCCAGGGCUCUUCCUGUCGGAGCGCCGCGAGCGCCGCCAGAGCAACCGCCACGAGGGUCACGAAUGCGACUUCUUCCGCUACGGGUACGGCGAGCUAGAGCGCCGUGGUGCCUUCAAAUACGGGUGCCGCGGGGAGGAAUGGUGUUUCUGCGGGCUUGGCGGUUGGUGCUGCGGCGAUGGUGGGAUAUUUGGGCAUGGCGUAAUUUGGUCCCGAAAGAUAUCAUAUGUCGACACGAUAGAUCAUGAUUGAGGAUGUAUGGAUACACUACCAGCUAGCAUGCACCUGGGGCUUUGUUUAGGCGCCAGCGUCGCAUGGAAGCUUAAAUAACUACGUAAGUUGGCUGGACACGUCUUGUACGUGUUCUCUUGCUUACGAUUAUUUUUAUCUCAAAUGAUGUCCAUGUUGCUAAGAUGGGAACAGUCCCCGAUCAAAUAAAUCAUUAUUGAGCUCUUUGCAUCGUUACUUGUUUUGAGCUGAAAAUGGCCACAGAUGCCAACACCUUCGGGGAAAAAGAAAGAAAGAAAAAAAACAAAGAACAUUGUUGAAGAAACGGUGUCAAGUCCGAAACUACCCCUUUUGCAAACGCA